AUGGACGAGAAGCUCUCAUCCCUCACGAGAUAUUCUGCCACAGAUAGACAAUCCGGAUCUCCCCAUCUGACUCUUACUUUCGAAGCAAAACCAGAGCUUGAUCCCGUUUAUAUAGAUUCCUACUAUUUGACCUUCAAGAUUACACGGGAUUCAGAUGAUCCACAAAGGGAACCAUGCAUCAUCCAUUGGGACCCCGUCGAAGAUGGAUUUGGCCAGUCAGGUAUAAUGAUACUUCACCAUGAAUCCAACGAGAUACAACCCAUCCAGGUCGAGCCCGGCCAAUUAUCCGCAAAGCAACUCCACCCACGAGGUGUAUCCGCAUCAGAUCCAUGUUUCCAGCAACUUACCCCAGGCGACACCGUUUCCUGGGAAGUGGUCUUGCCGUCUAUCUACUUGGACUCAUUCAUUGAAGACCACUUGUAUGAAAUCUUCUGGCCAGGCGGCCAAAUUCCUUUGUGGAACUGGGGAACAUUAGCAGAGCAUAAUGACCAACUCGUCCCAAAAUUCCCUGCAGCGGUACUACCUGGCGGACCACAUCAGUCACUUGAAAUCAUCAAUAUCGAAAGUGAUAUAGAAGAUGAGAUAGCAACGGGCCCCUCGCCGAGACCCCUUUCACCAUCUGCUAGGGUGAGCGACGCCCCGGUGUUCAGCGUCAGCGUCGCUGGGCCCGCUACGCUAUCGAUGAAAGACCGCAAUGUUUCAGGGAGACUUCGCUACCCAGUCACUGUUACCGUCACAUACGAUACAGCUCCUGGUCCAUCGGAUGACGGGAAACCGGUUAUAUUUCAUACAUUCAUUUUCGAGGAUAUGGAUAACCGUAAUGAUGGAUUCCGGCUCUAUGUUGGAGGAAAGGACGGAUGGAGUCCACAUGAGCUUAGUGGUUUACUCACACACCACCUUUACCGAUUCUUCUUUCCAGAUCCGUUCCAUGUUGGUCAUAGCCAGGAUCGUUUCCGGACACUAAGGCCGGGUGAAUCGUGCUCGCUCACGAGGGAGGUGAGUGAUUUCCCGAAGAAUGCAGCACCUGGUGAUGUGUUCCGGUAUGGGUAUAAGGGAGGCAAACUUGACUGGUGGAAUUGGGGCGAUUUUGAAGAUCAUGAAGAUACUGUGGUGUGGAUUUAUGGACGGGUCACAGACCCGAAAGAUAAUGAAGGCAGACCUGGGAUUAUUAUUCCAGCUAGUAACUUGAUCGAGUUCACGAUAGUUGAGUGA